AUGGAUGGCGAAUUGCUAAAGCUGGAGAAUCAGGGUGCUGUUGGUGAGGACCUCGAAGGAACUGAAGGUCCAGUGGUGAGGCCGCUUACCGAAGAAGCAGACCCGGUGCAGCAAGGAGCAGAAGCCACGUCAGCUCAGCAACCUGCGCAGUUUAUUAAUCUUGGCAACCCUGCCCAGAUGGAACGUCUGAAUGGUAAGAACUACCUGACUUGGGCUCUCAAGACUGAACUGGUUCUAAAACGUUAA